AUGAUUGGCAUAUUCUUUGGGUGUGCGGAGUCGAUCACUAGUUGGAGGGCGGCAGGUUUGGGUUCUGUUAUAGAAUCUAGAACUCAAGAGGUGUCGGAUGUUCGGUCGGUUAUCUUUGAUAUUUGUUCCAGUGAGGAUAGGAGGGUUGCAGGUCGCGUAGCGGUUAUGGUAGAGGCUCUGUGGAAAAAUAGGAACGAUAUGGUUUGGAACAAUGAGAAGGAGGAAGCUUCCCGUCUAGGUUGGCUUGCUUUUCAUCGUUGGCAGGAAUGGUUUAAUAUCCAGCAGGUACCGAGUAACAAUAAUAAUCUUCAUCAUGCUUUAACUUGGUCUCCUCCUGAGGAGGGUUGGGUUAAAUGUAACGUCGACGCCGGAUUUAACUCACUGUUGGGAACGACUAAUAGAGGUUGGUGUGUUCGAGGUACUGGUGGUAACUUUAUCCAUGCAGGUGUGGCUUGGGAUUCUAGAAAGCUCUCUAUUCUCGAAGCUGAGGCUAUGGCUCUUAAAGAGGCUAUCCAAGAUUCUAUUGCUCUUCAUCUCGAUCGCAUUAUUUUUGAAAGUGAUUCUCUUAAUGUGGUUACGGCUUUGCAUUCCAAUGCUUCAGGUAGAUCCGAGUUUCAUCAUGUUAUCAGUUCUAUUAGAUUGCUUUUAUCUUCUUUUCAAAACUUUGAGGUUAAGUUUGUUAAACGCCAAGCGAAUAUGGUUGCCCACUCUCUUGUAAAGGCGGUCAAUUCUUGGGCUAGGCGUAGUUCUAUGCAUAAUGUUCCUCCUUGUAUUGCGUUACUUAUCAAUAAUGAAAUGAGCUAG